UGAGCGCGUUUUCAGACGUCGGUCGUAGAGCAGCCAGCAUCAAGAGGAAUCAAGAGGAUUAAUAAAUCUGUAUAGUGAUGCAUAGGCUGUGUCUGCUGCUGCUGCUGCUGGGACUACAGUGUCUGCUAGCAGCGCCCGUCUACGAUGACAAUAAACGCCUCAAUGUGAGUGCCAGCUGCCCGGACAGCUCCUGCCGGCUGUGGGGCCUGCAUAGCGACUAUCAGCAGCCGCUGCUCUACUCGGGCGGCCAAGUGCUGCCGCUGCAGGCGCUGCAGCUGGGCAACUGCCAGAUGAGAACGCUGCCAUUGGAGCUGUUCCGCCUGACGCCCAAUCUGCACAGCCUCCAGGUGCUCAACUGCAGCACCUACCAUGUGAGCCGGGAGCACUUCGAAGCGCUGCCUCAGCUACGCCAACUGAUGCUGCAACGCAACAAGAUCGCUCGACUCAGUGGCCAGCCCUUUGGGUCGCUGCAGCAGCUGCAGGUGCUCCAGCUGGACCAGAACAUCAUACAGCUGGUGCCCGCGCAGGCCUUCGAGGGUCUCACGCAGCUGCAGGUGCUCGGCCUGCAGGGCAACGGCAUCACCGAGCUGAUGGCUGGCGCCCUUGCGGCACUCGCGAAUCUGGUGCAUCUCGACCUGAGCUACAAUGAGAUUACCCACAUGGAUGCGAAAACUUUCGAACGGAAUGCCAAGCUGCAAACGCUGCUGCUCAAGGGGAAUUCGCUGGCCGAGUUUGAGCCCAACUCGCUGGCAGCGCUGCCCGGGCUGCGCCUGCUCGAUCUGAGCGAGUGCGAGCUGCAUGAGCUGCCGGAGCUGCGCUUGCUGGGCGCACAGACGCUGCGGCUGGAGGGCAGCGGCGUGCAGCGGCUAAUCAUUGACGGCGGCGUUAUCAAUCUGCUGGCGGGCAACAAUGCGCUGACGCAGCUCAGCAUUGGCGAUAAGAGCGCCGUCAUCGAGCUGGAUCUGCACGCCAAUCAGCUGAGUGGCAACGUGACGUCGGCGCUGCUGCUGGGCAUGUGGAACCUGCAGCGCUUGGAUCUGGCCAAGAAUAACAUCGAUGCGCUCACCAGCGGCAACAGCUCCAGUGCUCUGCUCCUGCCCAGUCUCUCGCAGCUAAAUCUGGCCCACAAUCAGCUGCGCAGUCUGCCGCCGGAUGCGGCGCUGUGGCCGCCGCAGUUGACGCAACUGGACAUCUCCUUCAACCACCUGCUGACUGUGACAGCUGGGAGCUUGGCGACACUGCCACGCCUACAGCGCCUGCAUAUGGAGGGCACGCGGCUGCAGGAGUUCGACCACGAGCUCUUCCAUCGCCAGCAUCCGCAUCUGCAGGAGCUGAGCAUCUGCGACACGGAGCUCAGCUUUAAGCAAAUGCGCCGCAUGAUGAUCUACUUGAGCGAUCGUGGCGUCCAUCUGCCGGUGCACUGCCUGCAGAGGCCGGAGCCGGGCACCAUAGAUGCCCGAUCAGUGUCCACAGAGUUGGCGGCUCCAGAUGCAGCUGUGCUUCAAACCCGGGCUGGCGUCACCGGCAUUCAUCCGUAUUGGACGACCCGGGACAUCCUGGCCUUCCUCACGCUCCUGGCCGUGUUCAUCAUUCUGCUGAUGCAGCUCUACCGCAUUCUGGACGAGGAGGGCUGCCUGUUGCGCAUGCACCUCUGGCUAAUGGGCAGGCAACCCGUCCUGGACAAUGGCACCCGGAACAGGCGCCUCAACGAGCAGGACUCUGAAAGCUCUAGUGAUUAAUCGCAAGACUACGUACACGCAGAGAAAACUCUAGCACUAUUCAAUUGGCUAAUUCAAGGUAAAGCUGUAAAAUCAAUUAUUUAAUUUGCUUUU